GGCAGCCGGUGUGUCAAGUCCUCUCACCGCCUUAGGCGGUGUCUACGGUGUGCGCCGCUCGUCGGCCGGUGGCUCCACAGUCCUCGCCUCAGCCUCCCUUCUCGGUCUGCGCGGCUGUCCCAGGCUCCGCGAGCCACCCCGGACCUUGCGCCCGCGAGCUCUCUCGGCGCCCGACGGGGCCACCUCGGGCUAUGGUGCCGUCCCAGGAGGAGCCCGCCGCCGCCGAGCCGGAGACGAACGAGGCGCAGCCGCCCGGGCCCGCGCCCUCGGAUGACGCUCCGCUGCCCGUCCCGGGACCGUCGGAUGUCUCCGACGUGUCCGUAGAGAAAGUGGAGGUGGAGCUGACGAGGUCAACGGGCAACGAGGUGCCCCCCGAACCCCCCGAGGGCGGCUGGGGCUGGCUGGUGAUGCUGGCGGCCAUGUGGUGCAAUGGGUCUGUGUUUGGCAUCCAGAACGCCUACGGGGUGCUCUUCGUGUCCAUGCUGGAGACCUUCGGGGCCAAGGACGAUGACAACAUGGCCUUCAAGGCAGCAUGGGUAGGCUCGCUGUCCAUGGGCAUGAUCUUCUUCUGCUGCCCCAUAGUGAGCGUCUUCACAGACAUGUUUGGCUGCCGGAGAACAGCUGUCCUGGGUGCAGCUGUGGGAUUCGUUGGACUCAUGUCCAGUUCUUUUGUAAGCUCCAUCGAGCCCCUGUACUUCACCUAUGGAGUCGUGUUUGCCUGCGGCUGCUCUUUUGCCUACCAGCCGUCGCUGGUCAUUCUGGGACACUACUUCAAGAAGCGCCUGGGACUAGUCAACGGCAUCGUCACGGCUGGCAGCAGCGUCUUCACAAUCUUGCUGCCUUUGCUGCUAGGGAAUCUGACCUCCACCGUGGGCCUCUGUUACACACUGCGAAUUCUCUGCAUCUUCAUGUUCGUUCUCUUUCUGGCUGGCUUCACCUACCGACCUCUUGUUCCCAGCAGCAAAGAGAAAAAGAGUGAGGACAGCAGAAGUUCCUUCUUCUCCAGGAGAAAGCUUAGUCCUCCCAAAAAAAUCUUCAACUUUGCCCUCUUCAAGGAGACCGCCUAUGCCGUGUGGGCUGCUGGGAUACCACUUGCUCUCUUUGGAUACUUUGUGCCUUAUGUUCACUUGAUGAACCAUGUAAAGGAAAGGUUUAAAGAUGUGAACAACAAGGAGGUGCUCUUCAUGUGCAUUGGCGUCACUUCAGGGGUUGGACGGCUUCUCUUCGGCCGCAUUGCAGACUAUUUGCCUGGUGUGAAAAAGGUCUACCUGCAGGUCCUCUCCUUCUUCUUCAUCGGCCUGACGUCCAUGAUGAUUCCCCUGUGCAGCGUCUUCGGAGCCCUCAUUGCCCUCUGCCUCAUCAUGGGUCUCUUCGACGGGUGCUUCAUCUCCAUCAUGGCGCCCAUUGCCUUUGAAUUAGUUGGUCCUCAGGAUGCUUCCCAGGCCAUUGGGUUUCUCCUUGGAUUCAUGUCCAUCCCCAUGACUGUCGGUCCUCCUGUUGCAGGGCUGCUCCAUGACAAACUGGGCUCCUACGAUUUGGCCUUCUACCUCGCUGGGGUCCCUCCGUUCAUUGGAGGUGCUGUGCUCUGCUUAAUCCCGUGGAUUCAUAGCAAGAAGCAGAGAGAGAUCAGUAAAAACACCGGAGGGGAGAAGAUGGAGAAAAUGCUGGCGAACCAGAGCUCUCUCCUGUCAAGCUCAUCCGGAAUCUUCAAAAAGGAAUCCGACUCAAUUAUUUAAUGCCAUAUAUACCUCCACCUGACUGGAUUUGCUUUUGAAUUUUAAGCCAGUUUUCCUUUUAUAUGAAUUGCAGAUUUCUUAUUUUUUUAAAUCAUCCUUGGAAUAGCACAUGGGACAUGAAACCUUUAUUACUACAAGAACCAUUUUCUCUCCCCAAAUAGCUUUUGAUAUUUCCAGGAAUCGGGGGGGAAGAGACUGUCGUUACAGGCAAGCAUGUUUGGAACUCAAACUUGAGCAUUCAAAGCUAUCAGUAAGGGGCAGCCCGGGCAGCCUCGGGUGCUGCGGGCUGCAGUGUGUGUUUGCUGCGCUGGGUGGGCUGCAGUGUGUGUUUGCUGCGCUGGGUGGGCUGCAGUUUGGUCCACACUGGAAGCAUUUUGCUUUUCCGUUGGUGUCUUUUGUUCCAGUGUGUUACUUUCUACAUCAUUUUGGAACUUUUUUCAAAAUCUAAGCCUGGAUCCUACAUGAUAAGAGGCCAACCUAAGCCUCGAGUCUGUUCAAUGAUUUAAGCUAUGAAAUUAGGAGGUUCCUACAUGCUGCCGUGUCAGGGGGCCUCCCGGGAGCAGAUGCUAAUGCUACCACCAUGAUAUGGGCGAUAGAAAGGUCCCUCCCAUAGGCAGCAAUCAGGUGUUUCUUCCACGAACCUCUCUUCCCUUUGGUCUGUAGUGUGUUUUACUCCAGUCGCCAGAAACACCCCACAUUUCUGAUUUUGUAUAAACAAUAAAGCGGAGUAGAAUGUAUAAAAGGUAGCCUGGCAGUUCUAACGGAGUUUCCGACUUCCGGGUUUGUUAGCACUGUGUCCGUGUGCUUUGUUGAGCAUGUUGUCAGCUGGUGGAGUGGAUGCAGACCGGCGGUGCCGCUGCAGAACUGUUCUGUCCAUCAGAAGAACGUCUGAUACAAGUAAUUGCUUAUCUGACUCUGCAACUAAUGAUUUUAAAAUGUUAAAUAUAUUUAUAAAAAGCUAA